AUGACGAAUAGCACUGCGUUGGACCCAGCGUCGUCACCCUUUAAUCAAACAACGGAUCGUAAUACACAUGACAAACACGAAAUUCGUCUUCCGCAUAUUCAAAUUCCCGAAUUUGAUGGGACGUAUACCGAAUGGAUUCGAUUUCGUGACCUAUUCGAAGCCAUGAUCCACACUAGAGCUAGUUUGUCAGACGUGGAAAGGUUUGAACACCUGCAAACAAGACUCAAGGGAGACGCGUUGUCGUUGGUGAAGCAUUUAAGGCCUACAAACGAAAACUAUAAGAUAGCUUGGGAUUUACUUAGCAAAAAAUAUAAUAAAAACGACAAGGUAAAAAGGGCUUAUCUGGAACUAAUAUUCGAUCAACCGGCGAUGAAGUGUCUGUCGCCAUCUGAACUAAAAAUAGUCGUGAACACAUUAAAUGAAGGAAUUAAUGCCUUGAAAGCGGUCGAUGAGCCUGUAGAGCACUGGGAUUCCGUAUUAUUAUUUCACAUAGAAAAAAAGAUCGAUUCCGAAACACUAAUCCUGUUGUACAGAGAGAAGAAAUCCGAUCAAGUAGCUACUUUUGCACAAUUUCUAAAUUUUCUAGAGGAGCGACUAUUUGAGCUGGAAAGCGUCAAAAGGAAGACAGGAAAUUUGAUCAAAUCUGGAAUCAAAGCAGCAGAAUCGAAACCCAACGCCAACAAGUGUCGAAACCAAUCUAGUGCGUACACUUCGGUUAUACAAACGUGCCCCGUAUGCGCAAAGAAUCACGCUUUAUUCCACUGCAAUCAGUUCAAAAUGUUAGAUAUUGAAAGGCGAAUUAAUAUAGUACGUAACAACAACAGAUGCUUUAACCGUCUUCAAGACAAUCAUCGUGCAGCGCAAUGCACACGCUCAAAUUGUAGAAUCCUCAACGAAAAACACAAUUCGUUCCUCCACCGGGUAACAACAAAUCCAAUCAAGGCACAAUCGCAAGAAGCGCAACAGAGGCAUUCGUCGAUUAGCGUUAAUGCGACACAUCAAUACAACCAAACACUAGCGUUAUUACCAGCAGCAACGGUACUCAUAUUAGACGGUCAAAAGAGCUUUCAACCAUGUCGAGUACUACUUGAUUCGGGUGCACAAGUCACGCUCAUUUCUGAGGCGUGA